GGCCCAAGACGAUGAUUCCGCCGGGGGAGUGCUUGUAUGCGGGGAGGAAGAGGAGGAAGCCCGUUCAGAAACAGAGGCCUGCCGUGGGGGCCGAGAAGUCAAACCCUUCCAAGCGGCACCGGGACCGCCUCAAUGCUGAGCUGGACCACCUGGCCAGCCUGCUGCCGCUCCCGCCUGACAUCAUCUCUAAGCUGGACAAGCUCUCGGUCCUGCGUCUAAGUGUCAGUUACCUCAGGGUGAAGAGCUUCUUCCAAGCCCUGCAGGAGCGGCGCCCACAGCAGCCGGCUGCCAGUGCCCCCCCACCAGGAGACAGAGGUCUGUGUGGAGGGUCCGCCGUGCCGGAGGGAAGGCUGCUGCUGGAGUCCCUCCGCGGCUUCGCUCUGGUCGUGAGCGCCGAAGGCGUGAUAUUCUACGCGUCAGCGACGAUCGCGGACUACCUGGGCUUCCACCAGACAGACGUGAUGCACCAGAACAUCUACGACUACAUCCACGUGGACGACCGCCAGGACUUCCGCCGGCAGCUCCACUGGGCCAUGGACCCCCCACCAGCAGCGUGUGGGCAGCCCCUGUUCGCGGAGACAGGAGAGGACGCCAUCCUGGGGAGGCUGCUGCGGGCCCAGGAUGGGGGCGCCGGCUCGCCCACGGAGUACUCAGCCUUCCUGACGCGCUGCUUCGUCUGCCGCGUGCGCUGCCUGCUAGACAGCACCUCGGGCUUCCUGACGAUGCAGUUUCAAGGAAAACUAAAAUUCCUGUUUGGGCAGAAGAGGAAGGCGCCGUCGGGCGCAACCCUGCCGCCUCGCCUCUCCCUGUUCUGUGUGGCAGAGCCGGUGCUCCUGCCUUCCGUGGCGGAGAUGAAGGUGAAGAGCGUGCUUCUGAGGGCGAAGCACAGAGGGGACAUCUCGUCCACAACGGACACCAAAGCGAAAGCUACCGGGAGUCUGUGUGAAUCAGAAUUGUAUGGAAAACCCAGUCAUUUAACAGGAAGGGGCGAUGGGGAAAACAGCAUUUCCGUGUUCAGGGCACCAGCGGACGCCUGCUGCUGGGCCCGGGUUCCAGCCCGGGUCCCCUGCCUGUGCCUCAGGGGCCGCCCAGAUCUUGUCUUUGACCCCGAGGGGGCCGCAGGGGACGGGGGAGGAGAGGUGCUUGGGGGGCUGCUGAGCGGCUCCUUGGGACUGAGGGAGCGGAGAGACACGUACAUGUCCAGCUGCCGCCUCGAGACACUAGGACCCACGAAGCACCUGAACUGGAAAUCCGGUCAGGACAGCGGCGCUAAGCUGAAGCUGGAGCCCAGCCAGAGCGACCCGUUCUCUGCGCAUGCCCCGCCCCAUGGCGCCUGCCUGCCUCACCCAGGCGUGCAGGGCACCAUCCAGGCCAGCAGCGCUGUGUCCUUCAGGAACUGCCCCGGCUCUCACCCCCCAAAACAUCCCCCAGGUGCCUGCGCCGGCCGGACCAGCAGAGCCUUGCAGGAUGGCCAUCAGGGCCAAAUGCACCCUCCUGCCAGCUGCCCCUUCCCCCAGGGGAGCCUGGACAAUGGGCACCCUCAGCAGGGAGCGCAGUGUGUCCCACCAGGUGGCUAUCCCACUGAGGACAAGUUGCGAGGUGUCCCGAUGCCUAUGGGAGCCCUGUGCAACCCCCUGUCACUCGAUGUGCCCAUCAAGAUGGAGAGUGACUCUGGGCCCGAGGACGCAGCAGAUGGCUACUCUGUGUCCCCAAGCCAGGUGUGGCUGGGGGCCGGCGAUGUGGCCAAGAGACAGCUGGCCACUUUCCCGAGCAGGAUGCACCUGAAAACAGAGCCGGACUCCAGGCACCACCUCUGCAGUCCACACCUGGGGCCCGGCACGCUGGGGGCCCACCCUAGGCCCAGCAGGGAGCUGGCCCCGUUCCACCCCUCACGCUGUGCCUGCCUGGGGCCUCCAGCCCGCCUCUGUGUGCGGGGCCACCAGCCCCCUGCUCCGGGCUACGACGGCAGAGCUCCUGGGGCCACGCCUGUCGUCAAACGCGAGCCCUUGGACUCUCCCCCGUGGGCUGCUCCCAGCCAGGGCGGAGCGCCCGGGAUGUUCCCCAGCAGUGCCUUGGCGACACGGAAGCCACCCAGAGACUCCAUGUGCGCGUUCCUGCCGUAGAGCGGGCGUUUCUGAAUGCUGACAUCUGUCCAAUACGGAUUUACCCCCUGGCGGGGACAGCAGGUGCAGGGCAAGAGCCUGUCCUGAGGGAGGCGCUGCAAAGCUGCACGUGCAGCAGCUUUCUGUAUCUUGUGAAAUGUCAGCGAAGUUCUGAGAUGUGAAGCGGCCUUACGUCUUUGCGAGUCUGACAGCACUGCACUCUGAGGGUUACAGGUUUUCAUAAAGCAUCCGAAGUGAGCCGUGCGGCCUGGCCGGCAGAGCUUCCCGUCCCGAGGGCGGCAGUGGGUGCCGGCCUAGCCGGAACCGUGCCGCAGGUGCAGCUCCCCGCCCCCCACAUCCACGUCCCAGCUUCCCUGCCUGCGCUGUGAAGGCAGGUUGAUGCCCCCAUGGUGCGGACCUCAGAGAGCACACACCCUGGGUGUCCCGUGGCUGAGACAGCAAAUUAGGAAAAAAGCUCCCUGAGCUGUAGGUGACUGUGUGCCUGCUCCUGGGAGGAACCUAGGAGUUCCAGGCAGAAGAGGCUGUCAGCGCCAGCCCUGCGCUUCAUCACAACGUGCAGCGUGUGCCCAAGACUCUGGGGCGAAGGCUGAGGCCGUGCCCAGGGUGAAAACUGGCCGGAUAACAUCCUGUUUCUGCAGAAGUCUCUCUGGUGUUCUCAGUGGGCCCCUGGAAUGGUUCAUGCUGAGCUGUCUCUCACUACGUCACGUAACCUUGUUUACAGAGUCUCGAUUUGGCGGAACAGAGAAGCACACGAUGUAGAGAGAAGCGGCAGCAAGUCCAGCUGCCUCGCUGCCUUGCUGACUGUCUACAGUUUUUCAACUGAGAUUUCCAGUCAUCAUCCCAGGAAGAAUUAUUAGAGAAAAGGCAGACAGGUAAUGUUUUAUUUAAAAAAAAUGUAAAGCCUGA